AUGGACAGCCUUAAUAAGCCAUCUCGACGACGGCCCAAGCCAGUUGAUCGGGAAAAUUACAACCCGUCAUAUCUACCAUGGACACGGCGCCUCGAUCACUUCACGUGGUCAUGGUUCGAAUGCACAAUGUCGACCGGUGCGCUCGCCACUCUACUAGGCCAACAACCCUACUCCUUUGCCGGUCUGAAAACUAUAGGGAAGAUAGUCUUCAUCCUGGACAUCCUACUCUUUCUACUCUUCAGCGCAUGCAUAACCUACCGCUUUAUCCACAACCGUGGAUCCCUGAAGCUCAGUCUCCACCACCCUCAUGAGAGUUUCUUCUUCGGUUCAUUCUUCGUCAGCAUAGCGCUGAUAAUAUACUGCAUUGAAGUCUAUGGCGUCCCCGCAUGCGGACCAUGGCUUAUCAAGACGCUCGAAGUUCUAUUCUGGUUGUACGCAGCUAUAGUCAUGCUAGUUGCAGUGUUCCAAUACCACGUCAUAUUCGACACACGUCAACUCCCUGUUUCAGACGCGAUGCCCGCUUGGAUACUACCUGUCUACCCGUUCUUGAUCCUUGGUGUGCUGGGAAGCACGCUUCUCAAGUCGCAGCCCGUGGAAGCAGGUUUCCCCAUCUUCAUCGGAAGUGUGACGUUUCAAGGCUUAGGAUGGACCAUAGCAUUCACCAUGCUAACGAUCUACGUCACUCGCCUCGUCAACAGCGAACUUCCCGAUCCACCGAAACGGCCGGGCAUGUAUGUCGCAGUAGGUCCGGCGGCGUACACUGCAAAUGCGCUUGUUGCCCUGGGUAUGCAGGCUCCGACCCACGUCCCCGAUAAUUUCCUGGGAAUCGCUUCCGUACCGGCUGGCGACAUCUUGAAAGUCUUUGGCGUGGUUGCAGGCAUAUUCAUGUGGCUUAUUGCAUUUUGGUUCAGUGCAUUGACGACUGUGAGUGUCCUUGUCUCGGCAAGGGACAGCCACUUCACACUGAAUUACUGGGCGUUCAUCUUUCCAAACGCAGGGCUUAUCAUUGCGUUGAUUCAAAUUGCCAAGGCAUUGGAGAGCCCGGGGAUCAGGGGAGUAUGUAGCGGUGCUACUAUUGUUCUUGUGAUUUUGUGGAUUUGGGUGGCUGUGCUGAACGUCCAGGGGCUGGUGCAAAGAAAGGUGCUUUGGCCAGGCAUGGAUGAAGAUAUGGAGGAUGUUGCAGGGCACACUCAAAAGACCGACGACCAAGAUCAGCGUGAUGGCGAAGAUGCAAAUGGUCAUGGUGAAGAGCGCGUGUGA